ACAACACAACUCUGAUGAUCUAUCUAUCGUCUUAACUAUGUAUCGAAUGUGUACUUGAGGAUCAGGAGAUGUUGUGUUGACUGUGGGCCAACGAUUUGGUUAUUAUCCGGGGGAGGAUGGAGUUGCGCCAACAUGAACAGGGUUUACGCGCGCGACUUGCGAAUCUGCGUGCAUUCGCCACCCCGCGCCACAACACCAAGCAAAAGGACUUUGCACUUCGAGACGUUCGGAAUUUGACGACCCAGCGACUAACCCGGCUUUCCUUCUCAAUAAAAGAUGUCUUCCAAGCAGAUCGGCGGUGCCAACAACGGCCAGACCCGCAACAUUGCGGCUUCCAAGGCCCCCAAGUUCUACCCGGCUGAGGACAUCUCCGCCGCCAAGGCUACCCGUAAGACUGCCCGGCCCGCCAAGGUCCGCUCCACCUUGAAGGCUGGUGCCGUCCUCAUCCUCCUCGCCGGCCGCUUCCGCGGUAAGCGUGUCGUCCUCUUGAAGACCCUCGCCGACGGUACCCUCCUCGUCACCGGUCCCUUCAAGAUCAACGGUGUCCCCCUCCGUCGCGUCAACGCUGCCUACGUCAUCGCCACCUCCACCUCCGUCGAUGUCUCCGCCGUUGAUGUUGCCAAGUUCGACGAGGCUUACUUCAAGCGCGAGAAGAAGUCCGCUUCCAAGAAGGGUACUGAGGCCGAGUUCUUCGGUGAGGGUGCCAAGAAGCAGGUUUCCGAGUCCCGUGUUGCCGACCAGAAGGCCGUCGACAAGGCUAUCCUCGAGGCCGUCAACAAGACCUCCAACUUGAAGUCUUACCUCGCUUCUUCCUUCUCCCUCAACAAGGGUGACCGCCCUCACCUCAUGAAGUUCUAAGCGUAUCGCUUUUGAACUCAUGGGUAAAAUGAUGUCGAUACUUUGUUAGUUGGAUUGUCUAGGUACGCCUAGUCGCGGGUAUUGUGGAUUGGAGUUUUUUGGGGAUUUGCUUAGUUAGGUCUUUGCCGGUUCUUGGAAGGCAUCAAUACACUCCUCCAAAACAACUCAGAGCCUCUG